AUGACCAGUGAUAUUAAGAAAAACAAAGUUAGGAACGAAGAGUACAAAAUCUGGAAGAAAACGGUGCCAUUCCUGUAUCAGCAUAUCUCGAGCGUUAGACCAAAGUUCAGCAGCAGAGUGGACGAUGCAUUGAAGUCGGAGAAGAGACUGACAUUUUCAGACAAAGUUAUACCAGACAAGAAGAAGGGGCUCUUGAGCACUAGUGUACUGUAUUCUCAGGGCAGCGACAUAUACGAGAUCGACUGUGAGCUGCCAUUGGGGGCGUUUUACGAGAGAUCGGACGAGGAUGCGGGAAAGACGUUGCCCGAUCCGGACUACGGCGAUGCGUUCGUGAGAGCUCAGGAGGAGGUGCCAACCGCUAAGUGGACGUUUCUUGGCGAGAGCGUGACAAAGUUGGCGUAUCUUGGGAGCGGUCCCGGGGACAGCAACCUCUUGGCGAUGUCGAAAAAUGGGUCGCUGGCGUGGUUCCGCAAUGGCAUCAAGGUGCCCGUUCACAUCAUGCAGGAGAUAAUGGGUCCUGGCACCAGUUUUUCGAGCAUCCACUCCUACACGAGCCCGGAAGAGCUGAGCGUUUCUGAUUUUGCCCUGUCUGAUGAUUUUGAGACGCUGGUAAAAUGCCAGUCGAAUGGCAAGGAGGAGGAGAGCAUUGUGAAGAUAGUGGAUAACUCGGGAACCCCAGGCGAGGUGCUUCGCAAGAUAAAUAUCCCAGCCACGGUGACACACACGGUGAGAUUUUUCGACAAUCAUCUGUUUGCAACGUGCUCGGACGACAAUGUAUUGCGGUUUUGGGAUACCAGAACCGAGGGCAAACCACUGUGGGACCUGAAGGACCCCAACCACGGCAGAAUCCUGUCCUUCGACGUUUCGCCCGUCGUUGACACCUUGUUCGCCACCGGUACCGACACAGGUAUCGUCAAGGUAUGGGACGUACGUGCAGUCGUGGCAGCCACUACUGAUUACACAAACAGGCAGCACGGUCAGGACCCCGAGCAGAAUGAACUAAUCAAUUUCUAUCACUCGGGUGGGGACUCGGUUGUGGAUGUGCAAUUUUCGUAUACUUCGUCGUCAGAGUUUCUGACCGUCGGUGGUAGCGGCAACGUCUACCAAUGGGACUUGGACUACUUCUUCUCUGAGUAUGGGGACGAGAACGCCGACACCGUGGAUAUGGACAUCGCCAAAGCAGACGUCUUGCAGAGCCAAUGCCUGAAGUUCCUGCACACAGGAGGUAGCAGAAGAUCAAUCGGUGCAAACGGUAAGAGAAAUACUGUAGCAUAUCAUCCGGUUAUCGAUGAUCUUGUGGGUGUAGUGGAUCAAGACAGUCUGAUUACCGUGUACAAGGCCUUUACCGGCAGAGACGACGACAAUGACGAGAAGAAGAAAUCAGAGAAGGCCGAACCGCAAGCUGAUGCGUUUAACGAACAUUAG